GGACCGGCCGGCUCUGCUCGCCCGCAGGGACCCGCCGGGGGCUCCGAGGACGAGUGUUUCUCCAAGCUCUUCACGGCCAGCGGGGAUUGCUGCCGGGCCUGCAACGUGGGCGAGGGCGUGGCGCAGCCCUGCGGGGUCAACCAGACGGUGUGCGAGCCCUGCCUGGACAGUGUCACCUUCUCGGACACGGUGAGCGCCACGGAGCCGUGCAAGCCGUGCACGCGGUGCGAGGGGCUGCAGAGCAUGUCCGCGCCCUGCGUCGAGUCGGACGACGCCGUUUGCCGCUGCGCCUACGGAUACUUCCAGGACGAAUCCAGCGGGAGCUGCCGCGAGUGCCGCGUGUGCGAGGUUGGCUUCGGCCUCAUGUUCCCCUGCAAGGACUCGCAGGACACGGUGUGCGAGGAGUGUCCCGAGGGCACCUUCUCCAGCGAGGCCAACUUCGUGGAUCCCUGCCUGCCGUGCACCACGUGCGAGGAGAACGAGCUGCUGGUGCGGGAGUGCACGGCCGCGGCCGAUGCCGAGUGCCGGG